GUGAGGCUCUAGAGGACACCUGUCGACGAGAGGUUUAUGAGGAGAGUGGAGUGCGGGUUGGCCGUGUCGACUACCACUCAUCACAACCAUGGCCCUUCCCUUGCUCCCUCAUGCUGGGCUGUUUAGCACAUGCUACCUCUGAGAACAUCAAGGUUGGCGAGGAUGAGAUGGAAGAUGUACAAUGGUUUCGUCGGUCUGAGUUGGUCCAGAUGCUGACAAAGCAGCACCCGCAGGGACUGUAUAUACCCCCAGAACAGGCCAUUGCACACCAGAUCAUCAAAGCCUGGGUCAGAAUGACUGCCAACCUCUGAUGUAUUACAUUAACAAUCACAAUCAGUUUUGUGCUUUAACUGAUAUAAACAGAACCAAUUUACCUAAUGAAGUACAUGCAUUCAUUUUUGUUACCUCACUUAGGAUUUAUACAGUAGAUUGGAGGAUAAACAGAUCACUUUGAUCGGGGAACCAAAGAGUCCCUUUGAUUUGAGGAUGUAAAGUCACUACAAUGUAAUGGUCACAAACAUGCUCAAGUGGACUGUUUUUCCCUUGUUAUAUAUAUAUAUUGGAAUAAUUUUAAAUACCUGAACUGUUAAUGAGAUAAUUGUUGAUCACACAAAAUGAAGACUUUACCUAUAUUUUGGAAACAAUUCUGUUUGAGUUUUGUUUAUAUUAUACUGUGAUACAAAAACUGCUAUUAUAAAAUUGAGUGGUAUAUAUUUUGUCCCCUUCAAAUAAAGGAAGGCAUAUUAGUA